AUGGCUCGUAUUGCAAAGAGAUCAGUCAUCGCUAAUGCCCACAAAGGUUUAUGUACACCAUAUGUUACAGACUUUCUUAAGGUUGAGCAUAAAAAAGCAUCUGCGUGCAAGGUUACUAGAAGUACAAAUGGGAUGUAUGAAGUAAAGUUGAGUUCAUGCACUUACCGUGUUAGCUUGGAGAGGAGGACUUGCACAUGCAUGAAGUUUGAAAUCUGUGGCAUCCCUUGUGAGCAUGCUUAUGGAGUGAUGCUGCAGAAGAAGUUAGCCCCUGAAAAUUAUGUGUGUCAGUGGUUUCACACAGCUACAUGGCGAAGAAACUACAGAGAUGGUCUUGUUCCUGUGAGAGGUGCUGACUUCUGGCCUAAAACGUCUGCUCCUGAUGUCCAUAUUCCUCCUGAACCGCCUCAACCUGCUCGAAAGAAGAUUACUAAAGCAGAUAAGAAAAGGAAGAGAGGAGUCAAUGAAUCACCAACAAAGAAAGCCCCAAAGAACAAGAAACGUACUAUGCAUUGUGGGACUUGUGGAGAACCUAAUCACAACUCAAGAUUCCACAAAAAGCAACAGGCUUCUCAAGGUCUUCCUCGAGUUCCUUCUCAAGUUGCUUCUCCAGCUGCAUCUCAGACUGCUUCUCAAGCUGCUUCACAUGAAGACAUGUGCUGA